AUGGCAAACAAAGAUUACAUUUUUGACAUAACAAAGCUGCGUUUCGAAGGAGAUUUUAGCUCUCAAGUGCAUCAAUUGCUGCAGUUCAUAAGGCUGACACGAGCAGAGGUGGAACAUCUACAGUUACUAUUUGAUCACUUGCACGAUGCACUGCAAUCCGUCUGGCCAGGUUGUCAAGUUCACGCAUUUGGCUCAAUCGUCACCGGCCUUGGUAUAAAAUCUAGUGAUGUGGAUUGUUUCAUUCGCUUGCCGAUAUGGUUACAGAAUCCUGGCGACACUUACGUAGCGAAAGCUAAAGCUGCUCUCAUGAAACACCCCAAUAUAUUCAGAGAGUUGUUUGCCAUAAAGAAUGCUAAAGUCCCAAUUGUUAAGUUUUAUCAUGUCCCUACUCAAAGACACUGUGACAUUAGUUUCAAAAGCCCAGCCGGAGUUGAAAACAGUAAACUACUAGCAUUUUUACUGAAUUUGGACAACAGAGUGUUACCUCUCGCUAUUUUAAUCAAGUAUUGGGCAAAAGUGCACAAACUGACUGGAACAAACCUCAUGCCCAACUACGCCUUAACUUUAUUAAUAAUAUUCUAUCUUCAGCAUAAAGGCAUCCUGCCAUCGGUAUUGCUUCUGCAAAGAAAUGCAGAAUAUAUAGUGGACAAUUGGAAUGUUGCCUUCGAAGAAGUCAGGCACGUAAGCGGAAACAACGAGUCACUGUAUGAAUUGCUGGGUGGCUUUUUUAAAUACUACAGGGACUUUAAAUACGAUGUGUUUCUUAUCUGUCCGUUUUUAGGACGUCCUAUCAAAAGAGAGUUGUUUGCAAAAGGUGGGAAUGUCCCUCCGGAGUUUGAAUUAUACAAAACGAAUUUAAAAGGACGUAAUUGUCUUCCAUUACGGUCGAAUAGUAUAGUAUGCAUACAGGAUCCAUUUGACCAUAGCAGAAAUUGUUCUAUAGCCUUGUACCCAAGGUUGGUGAAUAAGAUUAUGUCAUGUAUUUCAAAAUCUGCUGAUAUAUAUGAGAAUGAGAAAAGUGAGAUAUUCCUAUGGGGAAUAUUGUCUAUAGCUAUAGAAGAAAGUCCUGUAGUUAGCAAAAAGAGACAUGUUCCAAAUGGCGUGGCUAAGUUUAAACAUAACCGUAACAGUAAGAAAGCAGCUCAAACUUUCCAUAAAGCGUUUAUUAAAUAUAAAGAAAAAGAGAGAGAAAAAAUGAAAAGAAAUUUAAGUAAUUUUAGUCAUAACGUUAGGAAACAUUAA